GUCCUUCAGUUUUCGGAGCUGAUUGUGUGAAACCAGGAAAACAAAAGUUCAGUUCCCGUCGAAAAAAUCUCCCGAAUUUGCGGAAAAACUCCUUUCGCGUAAAGAAUCAACAUCCAGGAAUCAGAAUGGCCGAUUCCGAGCUGGCCCGCAAGAACUGGGAGCUGGAGAACAACAUCGAAACGCUGCCGGCGAGCGACGAAAUCUUCCGCUAUGAUGCCGAACAGCAGCAGCGAAUUCUGGCGGCCCGACCCUGGGACAAAGAUCCGCACUUCUUCAAGGACAUUAAGAUUUCCGCUUUGGCGCUGCUGAAGAUGGUGAUGCAUGCCCGGUCCGGAGGGGCUCUGGAAGUGAUGGGACUGCUGCUGGGGAAGGUGGAGGAAGAUACGAUGGUGGUGAUGGAUGCCUUUGCUCUUCCGGUUGAGGGUACGGAAACCCGGGUUAAUGCCCAGUCGCAGGCUUACGAGUACAUGACGGCCUAUAUCGAGGCGGCCAAGGAGGUGGGUCGGUGUGAGAAUGCCAUCGGGUGGUACCACAGCCAUCCAGGAUAUGGGUGCUGGCUGUCGGGAAUCGACGUUAACACGCAGAUGCUGAACCAGAACUACCAGGAACCGUUUGUGGCCAUCGUGGUGGACCCGGUCAGGACCGUUUCCGCCGGAAAGGUUUGCCUGGGGGCAUUCCGAACGUAUCCUAAGGGUUACAAACCACCAAACGAGGAACCGUCCGAGUACCAAACGAUCCCGUUGAACAAAAUCGAAGACUUUGGCGUCCACUGCAAGCAGUACUAUCAGCUGGAGGUUUCCUACUUCAAGUCGGCUUUGGACCGCAAAUUGCUGGACUCUUUGUGGAACAAGUACUGGGUCAAUACGUUGGGCAGCUCGGGUCUGUUGAGCAACGCUGACUACACGACCGGUCAGAUCUUGGAUCUGUCGGAGAAGCUGGAACUGAGCGAGGCUAGCUUGGGGCGUGGUCCGUUCGUAGUCAGCGGAACCGAUCCGAACGAGAAACGCACGGAAGAUAAGCUCUCGAAGGCUACUCGCGACUGCAGCCGGACUUCCAUCGAACUGAUCCACGGAUUGAUGGCCCAGAUCGCCAAGGACAAGCUGUUCAACACGGUCAACGUGAAGACCACCAAGUGAGCGAUCUACUUUACGAUAUAAUUGCUACUCUAUAAACAUGUAAACGAAGUUCACAUUUAAUAAAUUUGAUUAGAUUCUUUAGAUUUUCUCAAUAAUAA